GCUUGUUUUGGGAUUCCCAUGCUCCCUGGACUUCUGUUAUUUCAUGUUCAUUGGAUUGUUUGUUCCUUGGAUUGUCUGCUUCUUUUGCUGUGGAGAAGAUCUGUCACCAGUAAACAAACAGGAAGGACUCAAAAUCACUGAAACCACCCCUGGGUAUGGCCCCUCAUCUCAACAUCAUCUAGACUGUCUGGGAUUAAAUCAACAGAGAGAAGCAACUGAGGCUGCGCCAAUCCACGGAAGCACUAACACCCAAGAGAGUGAAACGUGGAUGCAGUUAAGAGACUUGGGACGCACCCAGUGUCGGCUCUUGGCUUGAGGUUCUGUACCCAUAGGGAUGACUCAGGACUUGUGAAAAGGCUGGUGUGUGUCUGUUGGGUUCCUACUGACAUCCUUGGAUGAUGUACACCUGAGAAGGUCACAUCAUGGCAUACAGGAAGGUGUGUGAUGCCCAGGGUGGCCCAAUGGUCGGAGAGGGUCUGCACUGCUCUGGAGGUCUGGAUCUUGACUGGGACCUGGACAAAGAGGAGCUACAGGAACCAGGACCCAGCAUGGAUCGCAUGCAGAUGCAACAUGUAGACUGCCAGCGAUCAGGGUGUUCAGACCCUGGCCCUGACCCUGACCCUGAGUUGAUGGAACCCAUUCAGCCGUCUGUCUCGGUUUCACCUCAUGGACGAUUUGAACGACUCCAGGAAGAUCCCAACUACAUCUCCCACUUCACCAGGGCUCCGGGCCAUAAAGGCCAGCGACGACUCCACUGCUUCCUGCUCAGGUACCUCCUGGCAGGGUUGGGACUAUUUGUCCUUGGUCUCCUGAUUGGCUGGUUCACUCACACACCUACCAUCAAACCACCGGUUCUUCUGCUUGACAGCUCAGACCUGCUGGAGAAGCUGCUUAGAGGAAUCACAGCCGACAAGAUAGAUGCUCUUCAGAGGUCUUUCUCCAGCCUAUCAGAUGACAGCGAGGAAGCCCGAGCCAGGUACCUCUACAGUCAGUGGGUGGGACUUGGUUUGACUGACGUCCAUCUGUCCAAUCACACGGUGCAGCUCAGCCUGCCUGGUUCCACACCCAACACCAUCACUGACAGGUCUAGUCACCAGUGUUUCUUGCCAAACGGGAUCCCCUGUGACCAGCGUGGCCCAGAUGACCUGCCGAAGCAGCAGUUCUCCUAUGCAGCCUACUCUGCUGUUGGAAGUCUGCAGGGGGAGGUGGUGGAUGUCCAGUACGGCAGCGUGGAUGACCUGAGGAGAGUCAAAGAUAGCCCAAACCUCACCAACCAGAUUGCUGUGGUCAAACUUGGCCAAGCACCUUUGCUGUAUAAGCUCUCCCUACUGUCUGAGCUGGGUUUUGGAGGUGUUCUGCUUUACAUUGACCCAUGUGACGCUCCCCCUCGCCGCCACACCUGGCAUCAAGCCUUCAGAGUCACUCUCAACCCUGGAGGGGACCCUGCAAUUGCCGAAAUGUCAAGAGCAGCUGGAGGAAAUCUGAAUUCCCUGUUGGUUCAGCCCAUCUCUGCCUUCCUGGCAAAGACGUUACUGUCUUCUCCAUCCACAGGCCAGGGAGACUCGUGUAUUCCUCUAGCCAUGCCUCCCAACGCAGAACGAAAAAAGAUUACUCUGACUGUUGGAAACCUGCUGGCCUACAAGAAAAUCUACAAUGUUGUGGGAUACCUGAAAGGAAGAAGGAACCCAGAUCGAUAUGUGCUGGUUGGCAGUCGCCAUGACAGCGACCAGGGAGGCGGGGCUUCAGCCAUUAUGAAUCAGCUCAUCGCAGCGCUGACAGAGCAGACCAAACAAGGAUGGGUGCCAGACCGUACUACUGUGUUUUGCUCGUGGGGAGGCUCAGCCCUGGGGAACAUCGGGUCCUAUGAGUGGGGAAAGGAUAACAGUGUUGUUCUGAAGAGCAGUGCAGUGGCCUACGUCAGUCUGAACUCUCCAGUUAGAGGGACAGAGACUCUCAGAGCUACAGCUUCUCCAACACUGCUGCAACUCACAUCAGAUAUACAGAGAAGACAAUUGCUAAGUUGCAUUCGUGGUGGCAACUGCCCUGAACCCAAAGUCAGCUCGCUGCAGUUGCCUGGAGAUGUGAAUUUCUUCGCCAACCAACUGGCCGUGCCCACCAUGGAAUUUGCCUUUGAGCAGACCAAAGCAGACGAGGCCACCAGUUUCCUGUCAGAGACCCAGUUUUCUUCUGAGUCACCAGAGACUCUGGAUCCACUUUUCAAGUUCCAUGUGACCAUUGCUAAGAUGACAGCAGAGGCCAUUCUCCGCCUGGUCAAUGAUCCUGUGCUGCCAUUCUACCCUCUGGACAUUGCCCUGGAUGUUCAAAACAAACUCAAAGACAAGAGCAUGGUAUCUCAGCCCCUGCUGUCCUCAGCCUCCUCUCUGAGGGACCGUGCAGCCUUCUUCCAGUCAGAAACUAUGCGGCCGGCAAAUGACCCUAAAGAGCGUGAUCCCUCCCACGUGCGAAUGCUGAAUGAUGUACUCCGUGACCUGGAGAAGAGCUUCAUCAUCCCACAGACACCGCCUGGAGUGUACAGGAACCUGUUAUACAGCCUUCCAGGGAAGACUCCUCAGUUUUCCAUUCUCAGGUUCUCACAGGAAGCUGUCCUGCACUGCAACGUCACCAGCAAAUCAGUCAGACACAACUCUGCAGAUAAGGAAGUAUUGUGCCACAGCACCACGAAUCAGUCUCUGUCUCUCAUCCUUAGGGCCAUCCGGUCGGCUGAGAGGCUCGUGUGUUUUGGCUUGGACUUGUUUGAAAAUUACCCGAAUGACACAAUAUGAUCUUGGCUGACACAGCCGCACC